UUUACUCUGCUGUUUCAUACAGAGAGAGUAGAGGAGAGAGGGAGGGAGGACUUCAGCUUCAGGAGCAGCAGACACACCAAAAAAACUCAGGAGCAACUAUGUGAAUGGGACCGAAGGCAGAGGGUACAAAGCGCACAGGGCUCUGCUAAUUCCUGCAUCCUCAGACUGAAUCAGAGAAAGGAGGUCAGUGUGAUGAACAGCAUGCUUCCUCAAAGGAGCGCCGUCGCCACUCUGGGCUACGGCUCAGACUGUGUGAAGAUCGAGCACAGCGGCAGUGGCUCGGUGGGUGGGACGGUGCUGAGGGGCUCCCGCUCUAAGGCAGAGCUACAGGACCUGAUGGAGACGCUUCAGCGCAGGAAGAGUGCCCUGGAGGCCAGCUUGAGGGCAGCUGAGUGCAGCCGGAAGUACCUCGGCGUACCUGGAUCCCAGUCAUCCAGGCCACUGUCCGUCCUCAGCAACAGCGACCGGCCUCCGUCUGCCUCCAGAACUUUCUCCUACAUGACCAGCAGCAGCGUUCCUCCAUCGCCUCGCCAAGGCGAACGCCAGCUGAACCCCAACGGCUUGCUCCGCCAUUCCCACUCUCGCCACCAGUCACAAGACAGUCUGCUCCUCACCAGCGCAACAGAUGGGAGCUCUCUGCUCUCCUCCUAUGGGCAGCCCCUACCUCGUUCUCCCAGGGUCAAAAGUGGAGCAGCCAGUGUGCCGUCAAGCCCUCGCAUGGGUCGCAGGCUCUAUUCUCAGGGCAAAGCUGGAGGAGACUCCCGGCAGAGGAAGUACUCCACCGGCUCCCUCAACAGCCUGGGGCUGCACAGCCGCUCUCUGCCACGGCUUCACAACGCUGCCGACCCCCCUGCUCUGUCGCUACCAUCUCGGCACUCAGUGGGCUUCCACAGAGGAGUGGGCUCAGCAGGGCCGCGACGUAGUCUCUCCUCUCUGGAGCAGCCUCCAGAUGUGACAGUACCGGCCAGCAUGCCCAGCACCCCCAGGAGGGCCAGCCUGGCCUCUCUGAGCUCCCUGGGCAUCGACAUGGAUGGUGCAGGUUUAGAUUUGAGCUUUGGAGAGAGGAGGCUGUCCUUUGGGAAGGGCGGGUUGGGUGCGGGACAGAGGGUGGGCAGCAUCAGCUCUUUGAAUGGCAAAGAGGAGCUGAGAGACUAUCACCAGCACCAGAGGGAUGAACGACUCAGGGAGCAGAAAGUGCAAAGACUGGAGUGCCAGCGUCUAGAGACCAUCUUAAACCUGUGCACUGAGCUGGGCCACGUGGAGCGAGAGCCCGCCGGCUCAGCUGUUUCUGACCUGCAGAAGAUCAAUAAGGAGCUGGAGAAGCUGCAGGUGUCAGACGAUGAGUCAGUGUUCUCCGACUCCCCGAGCAGCACCGCUCCGGAGAGCUGCUUCGGGGGCAAAGCCAGAGACUUCCAGCUCGCCGAGGAGCAGCAGGUCAGCCAGCGUCAGCAGACCCUCUACAGAGACGCCAGAUCCCACUCGCCUGCUAUCAGCCUGAACAGCAGCGCUCCCUCACCCUCCACCCACCACAGAGCCAAAGUUUUGGAGAGCAUGCAGCUGAAACAGGAGGUAACGCAGAUAGAGGAAGAGAGGAUUCAGGUGCUGAACAACAUAGAGGAGCUGGAGCAGAAGAUCAAAGACCUGGACAACCAGAUGGAGGAGUCGGUCCGAGAGAUGGAGGUGGAGUGUGCCUUGCUGGAGGGAGAACAGGGGUCGGAGGUGGCCCAGCUGCAGAGAGAAAAGGAACUUCUGGACCAGCUUAAGCAGAAGAUUCAUAGCAGUGAGAAGAAGAGUCACACUGAGAAGUCACAGGAGACUGAGGAGCAGACACAAAGUUUGGAGGAUUUAGAGUUUCAGAAGCUGGAGAAAGAAAUUAAUCAGGGAGAGGAGAAAGAGACUCAGAACCAGGAGCUGCUGCGUGAGAUGGCAGAGUAUCAGCGUCUUACCGUCACACGCAAGGAAAGAAUCAUGACGCUGAAGAAACAGUCGUCACAGAUUACUUUACAGGCUCAGCAAGAAAGAGAGAACUUCCAGAGAGAGAAAAACAAUUUGCUGGUCAUGCUUCAGAAGGAGAGAGAGAAACUGGCAUCUCUGGAAGGAAAAUAUGCAGAGUUGUCUGAGGGGCAGACGUUCUCUAACAACCCUGGAGCCAUCACAGAGCACUUGCAAUCUCUGAAGGAAAGGAGACGAAGCAGCGGUGGCAAAGAAAACUCCUCCCAGCCGGCCGACAGCCUACCUCACAAGAGGAGUCAGCAGCUCCUCACGUCUUACGGCAGAUCCCUGGGACGCACACUCCCUCCCAAGGGCCACCUUCCUCUGUCCCAAAGCUCCAGCUGUGGCAGCGUCAUCCCACCAGGCUUCAGCUUCUCCCCUCGGGAUCUGAGCACCCGCCGCAUGACCAAGACAAGCAACAGCCACACACACAUGAAUGAGGACAGACAGAGAAGAAGCGACUUCUGCAGCAGGAUGGUCUCCGAGCCCAACGUGUUCUUGGAGUCCUUCUCGUACCCGGACAACAGCCAGGCCUCAGACACUGUCAGCGUGGACAGCUCUGACAGCCUGGAGACCAGCUUCUCCGCCUGCUCCCCAGACAACAUCUCCAGUGCAAGUACAUCCAACAUGGCGAAGAUUGAGGAGAUGGAGCGGUUGCUAAGAGAGGCCCAGGUUGAGAAACAGAGGCUCCUGGAGUAUCGGGAGCGUGAGAUGGAGAUGCGCCGGCAGGCUCUGGAGGAGGAGCGCAGGAGAAGGGAAGAACUGGAGAAACGACUGCAAGAGGAGACGAGCAGGAGACAGAGACUCGUAGAGAGAGAAGUGAAGCUCAGGGAGAAACAAAGAUCGCAGUCCCGGCUGCUGACGCGCUACCUCCCUGUAAGGAAAGACGACUUUGAUCUUCACGGCCAUAUCGAGGCAGCUGGACACAACCCAGACGCCUGCUUUCAUCUGGCCAUCACUGAUAAAACCUGUCGAGGAUUCCUGGUCAAAAUGGGCGGCAAGAUCAAGACCUGGAAGAAACGCUGGUUUGUCUUCGACCAGAAUCGCAGGACGCUCACCUACUACGCAGACAAACACGAGACCAAAAUGAAAGGAGUCAUUUACUUCCAAGCCAUAGAGGAGGUGUACUAUGACCAUUUAAAGAACGCACACAAAAGCCCCAACCCCUCGCUGACCUUCAGUGUGAAGACCCCUGAUCGGGUGUACUACAUGGUGGCUCCGUCGCCUGAGGCCAUGCGUAUCUGGAUGGAUGUUAUGGUUACGGGCGCUGAAGGACACAUGCAUUUCAUGGUGUAACUGAUCGCGCGAUUUCUCUGGUAAACAUUGUGCCACAUGAGGGGGUUUACAGUGCUCUGCUCAAGUCAGUGUAACAGAGAACACACAGCGCAUGGAGCUGAGAUGGAUUUUCAUCAGGUCAACAUAAAUCAACUGUUUACACUUGUAGUAUUUGUAGCCUGCAACUCAUGCUCAGAAGGACACUUUAUAAUGUAAUCAUGUAUAACAGAACAAAAGACCUGAUAUACAAGUUUCACAAUUAAGCUAUUUAGUUUUUUGUUUAUUAUGUUGUAUGUACCAUGAGUGGCUGAGGUGUCCCUUGCAGAAAUUUUGCUUUUACAAUUUUUUAAAUCUCUGCUCGCUUCA